AUGAGGGCAGCGAGGAUCAUCGCCCGAGUGUUUCAGCGGCCACGGGCUAACACUGUACCAGAUGUUGGCACAGUCAAGAGAGUAGCCACAAGCCCGCCGCAGUUCCCUGAAGAAAGUCUCAAAAUACCGAGGCAAGAGGCGACGACGACCGAAGCUACCAAGUGGACGGAGGUCGUCAAAAAGAAAAAAGAUAAGGAGAAACCAGCGAAGAAAUCGACGAAACACCCACAGCAGGAGAAAAAGAAGCCGAGCAAAUCAGAGGACAGGCCGAGAAAGAGAACGAAGCCGGAGACGGCCUCAUUCGCAGAAACCCUGAGGAAAGUAGUAGGAAACACGAGCAGCAUUACGGAACUGGUUCCCAGACCUACGCUGGAGAUACGGGACUGCGAUUACUGCACAUCGUUGGUAGAAGUCGAGGAGGCCCUAAAGAGGACCCUGUCAGACUACGCGGGGAAACUCGAAGUUAAAAUGACGAACCCCAACGCGAGACAACAACGCCUGGCCCUCGUCAAAAUAGAAGAGGAAGUAGCUGCGAAGCAUUUCAAGGCAGGCCGAAUGCUGGUCGGCUUCGCCAGCUGCAGGGUCAGGUGUAGAGCAGAUGUGAGGCGAUGCUACCGCUGCCUCGACUAUGGCCACCAUAGCGCUUCGUGCAAGGGCCCUGAUCGCAGUAAGUUUUGCUAUUUCUGCGGCGGCACGAGGCACAAGAUCAAAGACUGUAAGGACAGCGAGCCUACCUGCUUCUUGUACUCAAAUAGCGUUGCUGAAUCUAAGAAGCACUUGAUGGGAUCAUGA